UCCUUUCCCCGCGCCGCGCUCCGGGCAGGAGGCAGGAAGGGAGGCGGCGGGAUGGAGCGGCUCCCGGCCGGGAUGCGGUAGCGCCCCGGGACACGGUGACGCUGACAUUCCCAAGCAUCCCCCUGCAAUGGCCUCAGGGAACGAUGGUGACCCACCACGGGCCCCUGGACGCCGGGGCAGCGGCGGGCGCAGGUUGUCCCAGGAGCUCAACCCAGAAGCCCGAGUGGCAGCGGAGGCAGAGGAGGUGUUUCGGAGCUAUGCCUGGUACCGCUACCGGCAGGAGAGGGAGGAGAGAGGGGCGGAGGUGCCCCCGGACCCGGAGAUCGAGCAAAUCCAGCAGGACCUGGAGAGCACCGGGACCCAGGUGGGGCAGCGCUUGGCCAUCAUCGGGGACGACAUUUACAGGCGCUACGACGCCGAGUUCCGCACCAUGCUGGACACCCUGCAGCCCACGGCGGGCAACGCCUACGAGCACUUCACCAAGAUCGCCUCCAGCCUCUUCGAGAGCGGCAUCAACUGGGGCCGAGUGAUCGCCCUGCUGAGCUUCGGGUACCGCAUGGCCAUGCACGUGUUCCAGCACGGCCUCACCGGCUUCCUGCGCCGCAUCGCCCGCUACGUCGUGGAGUUCAUGGUGCAGCACCGGAUCACCCGCUGGAUCGCCCAGCAGGGAGGAUGGGUGGCUGUGCUGGACCUGGACAAUGUUUACAUGAAGUACAUGCUGGUGGUGGCCCUGAUCGUGGUGGGGCACUUGGUGGUACGACGCUUCUUCAGGCUCUGAGGGGGGCAGGGCUGGGGGGUCCGGCCCAGAGCUCUCUCCGUUCUCUGCUCUGUCUCCCAGGAGAGGGGGAUUCGAGGAGCCCCCGAGAGAGAGGUGGUUGGACCCCCUCCCACCACAGGGCCCGGGGUCUCUGCAUCCCCAGGAGACACGGAGGGUUGGGGGGGGCUCCUCUUUGUUGUCUUUUUGGUGCCUCAACGAGCUGCUGAGGAUGGGGCCUGACUGUGCUGGGGCAUUGCUGGGACCCCCAGGUCCUCAGGAGGAGCAGAGGUGUGAUGGCAAUGCCUCUGUGUGUGUGUGUGUGUGUGUGUGUGUGUGUGUAGGGUCUCAUGCACCCCUGGGGCAGGUGCAGAGCCCCCCAUUGCUGACAGCCCCAGCCCAGACCCCCCCUGUGUUUGAGCCCUGGCUGCUACAGUUGGUCUGUAAGCCCAUGUGGGGCUGCUUCACCUCCCCUCUGCUCCUGAGCCCAGGACUUGAGCCUUCUCCAGCUUUUUAACAGACACCCUGACCUCUUUCUAUAGGAACACUCCUCCUGCCCCUCCUCUGGCAGCAUUUCCCUACCCCAGCCCGGGCCUGGAGCCCUGCAGCUCCCCAGGGCUCAGGGGGUGCAGGGCUGGGGUGCAGCCUCACAGCCCCCCCGAGCUCAGGGGCUCUGUGCUGACUCCCCUGGGAAGCACCAGCAGGUUCCCAAACACUAAAAGCCUGUGGGUGCUCUCUGGUGGGGACAGGGGGGUUUUCCUGCCCACCCACCAGUUCUGCUGGGGGUCACUCAGCGGGUGCUGGCACAGGAGCAGCCCAGCUGUGACCAGUUGUCCUCCCUGGCUGUCAGUGGGGGGCACUGGGGCUGCAUCCCACCCCCGGCUGCCCCAGGGCAGGGCAGUGACUUGACCUUGUUCCACUCCUGGUGAUGCUUGAGUGGGAUUUUUAGGGGAGGGAGGGAAGCUCCACUCUCCCAUCCCCAAAGCUCCCUGACUUUUGCAGAACAGGGAGUUUAAGCUGGUUACUCCAUGAGCUCAGAGGCAGGAACCUCCCUGCUGUCCCUGGCAGCUCCCUCCUCUCCCCUUGCAGCUGCCCAGGCUGAGCAGGACCAGCCUUAAUUUUUUAACACUCACCCCCCUCCUGCCUCUUUUUAACCAAAUAGCAAACUUUUUAACCUGCUUCCGUAUCAAGGUCCUUCUCAGCUCAUCAUUUUGCUCCUAUCCCUGCAGUAUCCCUUUCCCUGGUGGAAUGCUCUUGUCUGUGCUUAAUAGAAAGGCAUUAAAAUAUUGACUCUGUUAUUCCUCUCUCUCUGUUUUGGUGCUUGCCCAGCCCUGAGCAGCCCAGCCUGGCUCUCCUGGGCCCUCGGGGCUCAUUUGUCCCCUUGCAAGUGCAUUUCUUUGCAUUUUUCCACACACAACUUCAUUUCCCAUCGUGCCACCCCUUCUCCCAGCCUGAGAUUUCAAGUCCAAGACUCUUCUCUGCUGUGAACCAGCCUAACCAGUAUGAGCUGCAGUUCCCACCCUCCUCCUCACCUCCUUUUUGGGUGCAAACACCACCAGAUGGAGCCUUUUUGCCACGAUGAAAAUGAGCAACUAAUCGUUAUUUCCCUUUUCUCCCAAUCAGCCACUCUGUUGGCAAAUCAUCGUCCUCCAGGCUGGUUCUCUGCUCGGGUUGUGUCUCCAGAAGGACUUUUUGGACGUCCUUGGAAAAAAACCCAGCACAUCAGUUUUUAUUCACUACUUCAGACCCACUCCCGGAACUCUAACAGACUGGGGAGAGCUUUUGCUGCUCAUAAUUUAUUUUCAUUUCCCAGAAAAAGUGUUUCCCCUUGCAAACCAAAUGCAGCUGUGUGGCCAUCAGGCUUCAAAUAAAGAAUAUUUUUCAUAUUUAUGGUAGAGGAUUGAGCCUUAGUGAAGUCUGGGAUACCGGGACAGAGAAGGGAACUUUUAACUGGGUGCAGUGCAAAGAGAAAUUUCCAUUUUAUGCGUUUUCUCAGGGGAUUUGCAGGGAGGAUUGUCUCAGGACCUCAGUGCAUCACCUCCCUCUGCUCUCACCUCUCCCAGCCUUCCCAGCACUGGUUAACUAGUGGAAAAAAGCUUGAACUGGGACUGUGGGACUGGUGUGUGGUGCUGUGUCCUGUCACAGCCCCAGGUGCCCCGUGGCUCCUGGUGCCUCUCUGCCAAAGGAAGAGUCUCAUUUACUGAGCCUUUUUAAAUCUCACCAUCUUCCAACUCCUUCCCUCUGGGUGGAGGAAUCUGCCCGAGCUGCUGCUCAGAACCUCCUCUCCCUGCAGCCCUUCCUCACCCCGGGAGGUUUUCCCUGUGUUUGAACCCACACUGUCCCUGUCAGCUCUGGUUCCUCCUCCCUUGUUCCAGUGUCCCCACAGCUCCUUCCCAGCCCUGCAGGAGGGGACAGGGUGUGUGACAGUAAAGGACACUUGGCACUGGCUCUGGAGGGGAGGGACAGGUACAUUCACCUUCUUUUCCCAGGGGGAGAGGAGAGGCAGACAGGUUCUCCCAGCAGCAGCAGGGAGGUGGGGAAGGAGCUGUGUGCAGGUCACCUUUGAAGGGCAGCAAAGGGGCUGUGUGGGACACGGUGGGCUGCUUUUAUCUGAAAAACAAAACAUUUCUCUCACCAAUAUUCUGUAUUUUAAAUUAUGUAAUGUAUAUAUCUCAAAAUAAAAAUGGUACCUUGAGUGCAAACUCA